AUGAAUUCAUACACCUUAACCAGUUCUAAAGAUCCUCUAAUGCUAAAAACUCAACUUGACACUGCCUUGGGUAACAACAAGGUGCAAUAUUGGAAGGCUGUUCAAAGUUUCAUAAAAGGAGAAUUAAAUAGGAUGGAACUUGAUUUUUUGGCGAAUUUGUUUUUACCAAGAGAGCACGGCAAAGAUAUACAGAAAAAAACUUGUGAGGCUUUGAAUGAAAAAAAUGAUAUCGUACCACAUUACAGAUUAAAGGGGAUACUAUCGUCGAUGGAAAAAGAAGACAGAAAUCUAUUACAUCACUUUUUAAAGAGUGUGAAAAAUAGUCGAAAUUCUAACGAAAAAGGCUUGAUACAAAAAAGUUCAUGUUGUUCAGAAAGUAUUACAGAAGAAUCAAUAAGCCAAAAAGAAUUUCUUGAUUAUGAAAAUGUUUAUAUACGUAUGACAGAAAUUGCAUUCAAUCAUGGAUUAUUUGGUGGAGUGCAAGAGGAUUGCGUGUCUUUAAUGAUCUUCGCACUCGAGUUUUAUAUGAAAAAUAUCUUGCAUAAUUGCAUUAAUCGAAUUCGAGAAAAUAAUGUAUGUCAUGAUGACUAUGAUGAAAAUCACCUUACAUCAAUUACGUUAAGAGAUCUUGCAUUUUCUUUAAGCAUUUCACCUUUGACCGUGUCUCCAUUAGUUGAGGAAAAGAUUAAUGCAAAAUUAAGUCAUGAUGAGAUGAAUUUUGAUAAUAAAAUUUAA